GGGUCUUCUAAAAAAUUUGGUAUCUCUCAAUCAAAGCGCCUUUAUUCUAAGGGGGUCUAUCUUGGAUAAUAUAAUGAUUGCAUUUGAAACGCACCAUUUACUUAAAUGUAAAAAUCAAGGUAAGGAGGGUUUUAUUGCCCUUAAAUUGGACAUGAGCAAAGUCUAUGAUGGAGUGAAUUGGGAUUUUUUAUUUAGUCUGAUACAGGUGAUGAAUUUUGCUUCCAAAUGGAUCCAACUUAUUCAGGAAUGUCAGAUUGUGUUACCACAGUCGAGUAUUCAAUUCCUUUUCAUGGAUCAGUGAUUAGGCAAUUACCCCAGAGAGAAGUCUUCGACAGGGAGAUCCUAUUUCCCCAUAUUUAUUUGUCCUGGUGGCAUAAGGUUUGAGCUUUCUAAUUCAGAGAAAAGAAAAUCUUAGGCAAAUUCAUGGGAUUUCUAUUGCAAGAGGAACAUCGCGGGUAUCUCAUCUCUUGUUUACAGAUGAUAGCUUUCCUUUUUCAGGGCUAAUCAGGAGCAGUGUUAUGAAGUCAAAGGAAUAUUGAAGCACUAUGAGGCUAGGUCAGGUCAGAAAAUUAAUUUUUUCUAAAUCAAGUAUUUCCUGAAGCCCAAAUGUUCAUGAUGCUGUUAAAACCGAUACAUGCCACAUAUUGGGAUUGUCUAUGAAGGGUUAGAACCCCGAGUAUUUAGGGUUGCCAACGUUGAUUGGCAGGCGUAAGGUUGAAAUUAUGGGGUAUUUCAGGGAUAAAAUUUUGAAAAAAUACAGUGGUGGAACAAUAAAUUUCUUUCGAAAACAAGGAGAUCGAGAGGUUCUCCUAAAAUUGUUAUUCAAACAAUGUCUUCCUAUGCGAUGAAUGUUUUUCUUCUCCUGCUAGAUUUGUGUGCGGAUAUAGAGAGUAAACAAUGGCUAUUGGUGGCGGGGAAGAAAUAUUACUGAGAGAGGUAUCCGCUGGAGGAGUCGGCAGGCUCUUUGUGCCUCCAAAUAACAGGGAGGAUUAGGGUACAAAUCUUUAAGAGAGUUUAAAAUAGAAAUGUCAGGUAAACAAGCUUGGAGAUUAACUAUAGACUCCACAUCCUUGGUAAGCAGAAUUUUCAAAGCCAAGUAUUAUCCUAAUUCCUCAUUUCUGAAUGCUAAGAUAUGGAGUUAUCUAUCUUUUUAUCUGGAGGAGUGUUAUUUGAGGCUCGGGGGGGCUGAUAAACGAAGGGCCUUGGUGGGGAGUUGCCAAAUGAAUCAAUAUUUCAAUCUGGCAGGAUAGUUGGUUACCAGGUUCGGGGAGCAAUAUGGUCACAUCUCCAAAACUUACCAGGAUGUUUGCCAUGAAUGUAGAGACUAUUCCUAUUACUAAAAAGUUUGUGCUGAAUGGCUACUUGUGGAAUGGCGAUUCACGCGAAAGGUACACGAUCAAGAGUGGAUAAAGGAAAAUUGAAGGGGGGAGUUUUGGGUCUUAGCAGGCUGGUCAGUGUGGACAUAUAUUUGGGUGUUUUUUAUUCCCCAAAAAAUAAAACCCUUCUUUUGGCAGAUUUAUGACCAAUGUACUGCCCACACCGGUCAAUCUACGGAGCAGGCACAUGGCCCUACUGGUGGAAUGUCGCCUUUGUCAGGUAGAAGAAGAGACAGAUUAGACCAGACCAGACUUUUAUAAUUAUAAAAUACACAGAGACCAGACGUUUACUAGACCAUUUCACACCAGACCAGACCAGACCAGACUUAAACAGAUCAGACCAACAAAUUUGAGUCCAAAAGAAAACAUCGUUCGAGUAUUUGGAAGGCCAUAAAUGAAGUUAAUUGGAAAGGGGUUGUCCUUUCUAUGACGAAUGGUAGAGUUGUUUAUGACUCUGGCUCCUUGUUGUAUUCUUAAACAGUUGAAUCAAUAUAGAUUUGCAAUUUCCUUUAAAAUUUAACUUUAAAC